CGUCUUUGCGUCCUGGGCUCCCUCUUGCAACUAGCAGCUGUCGAUUGAAUUGGAAAUACGAAGCCUGGCAAGCAGAGCCAAAUUAGAUGUGCCCGGCUUGAUGACUAGCCAUCAGCAUUUAGCUUGCAAAGGGAAUAGUCAAACUCGGGCGUUGGGCCUCUGCGACUGCUCGCAAUGGCUACUGCUGUGGCGGAGCUCCCUGACCUAUGUCGCGUGUGCAUUCUGGCGGACUGCCGCACAAAGGCGACGUUCAGCGACAACACCAUCCUGUCGCUCAACAGCACGGGCAGCUCCUUCCUCGUGACCACGCCCGACGGCCGCUCCACCCGCCAGCUGAGCGAGUACGCCCUUGCGCGGCACAGCCCGCUCCUUGCGGCGGUGCUGGAGUUCCGGAAUAUGCACGUGGAGCUGCCCUGCUUCUGCAAGCCUCUUGCGCGCGUGCUGCGCUCCAGCUUCGCGCUUGGCUACCUGGUCCAGGACGCUACCUGGCCCAGCCCAUCGGUCGCGCUCUCAGCCGGCCUGGCGCAGCUGCAGCCUGACGGCAAGGUGGCCGUCAGCAGCGAGGACGGCGUGGCCCAAGUGGUGCUGCACAGCCACCGGCGGCGAUUCGCAGUGUGCUACCCGCUGCUGGUGGCGGAGCGCCCGCAGGAGGCCAAGUACGAGUACGUGUGGCAGACGCAGGUGUUCAGCGUUGCCAGCCAUCCGCCCCGUUGGCAGCCGGCGGUGCGGGCGGUGCUGCAGGCUGCCGCAGAGCUGGACGCAGCUGCGGUGGGCUCGGGUGCGGAGUUCGGGGCGGGCAGGCAGCCGGGUGCGGCGGCGGAUCAGGAGCGGGCGACGGCAGCGGCGCCAGGGGCGGAGCGGACUGCUGGUGCAGACGCGGCGGUGGCAACGCCGCUGUUGGACCCAGAUGGCGGCGCCGCAAAGGCCAAUGCUGCGGCUCCACUCGCGUCGCUGCGUUUUGGCCUAAGCACCAGCCCGGGCGGCGCGGAGGAGGCGCCUGAGCCCACCUCUCGACGGCGAACAGUACUGCCGUCCGCACUGCACUGCACGCGCGCCGGCCUGGCAGAGGCUCUGGGCAGUGACGGCUGGUGGGGCGAGCCGUCGCUGUCGCUGCUGCCGCCAGAGGUGGUGGUGGCGUUUGAGUGGACGCCGCACGCCACGUACCAGUUCCUGGAAGCCGUGGGCGAGGUGGAGGUGUGGGUGCACGCCGACGAGUCCUGCCUCGCCACAACGCGCGCCGGGCGCUUCAUUGCGCACUACCGCAGCGGCGGCGGAGCGAACGAUUGCGGAGGCGGAGUGGGCUCGGAGCAGCUGUACGCUGCAAACUGUGUGCCCGACGCAGUGUGGAGCCGUGACCAGACGUACCGCUACCCGCUGGGCACGCUGGCGGCGCAUGCGAUGAAGCUCAGGUCACAUAACACUAACGUCGCGGCGUCCAUAGCGGCGCGGCUGCCGUCGCCCGUGGCCGCCGCGCUUCCACCGCUGGGCGGCGCCACGGGCGGCGCCGGAGCACGCUCCCGCAGCCGCCUGCCUGGCGCCGGCGUCCUGGCAAACCCUCUCGACUCCCUGCCGGCCUCCAGCGAGGAGCUCUUCGCCGCCGCCUCCGACGCGGUGCUGGAGGACAGCUGCGUACCCGGCACCGGCCGCUUCACCGCCUCCGAGGACGGCCGUGUGCGCGCCAUCUUCGAUGACCGCACGCUGCUGACGCUGAGCUCGGGCCACAGCCACUGCAAGCUGGUGCUGCCGGACGGGCAGCAGGUGGUGGUGGGCGUGGCCAACCCGGUGGGCGUGGAGGGCUACGUGGAAGCGGCGCUGGACUUUGCGCGCUGGGCGUUCAAGUCGCCGGCGGAGCGCGCGCAGGAGCUGCGCUCACAGGCGCGGGUGAGGGCAGCGCUGCUCAACUCGCAGCGGAUGGCACAGCUGUGUGAGUUCAGCGCCACGGGUGCACUGCCGCCGGAGGCGGCUGCUAUGGCCGCGGCCGCGGCAGGCGCGGGGCCAGGCACGAGGAGUGCGGCCGGCGAAGGCAGCAUGGCAGGACGAUGUUGGGAUGACGGCGGCGCGCUGGUGCCGUCGCGAGGGGCAGAGGCGGGGCUGGUGCCGCUGGCGCUGCCAGCGCCUGGGGGGCUGGGCGGCGCCGCGGGCAUGAUGGUGGGAAUCGGCGACAGUGGGGACUCGCUGCGGGGGGAAGCGUCGUUUACCGGUGACGGUGUGGUGCUGAUGGAUGCGGUGUACGCGGCCAGGAGCUCGGAGGAGGCGGCGGGGGGCGCGGCUUGCAAGGCAAUGGUGGCAGGUGGCGCUCUGUCCAACCCGCCGUUUCCCUUGGUUGGCAGCGACCGGCAAGCCAUGAUAGAGGCCCUGCUAAGUGCUAACGCACGACUGCUGGAGAGGCUGUAGGCUGUCGUAGGCUGCGCUGGUGGGGCUGUACAUUCAUGAUGUGCAAAUGCAUUGGUGACCUGAAUACUGUACUUUGUGUGACCUCCUGCCUGCUCGUCAUUCGUGUGAUCUACCGCAUGCUCGUGCUUCCCUGGAAUGGAAGGUGCUCCUGAUGUAACCCACUUGAGCG